CCUCGCUCCCGGGGAGCUUCAACCCCAACCGAACUCCCGCCAAAAAGAAGAACGAGAGAGAGAAAUCGCGGAACCCCCGCAGCUCGAACUCCUCUUCUCUUUCGCCGCUCCCUUCAUCGAUCGUGCAACAGAAAUGUCGAAGAAACGUGGAUUAUCUUUGGAAGAGAAGCGAGAGAAGAUGCUUCAGAUAUUCUAUGAGUCGCAGGACUUCUUCCUUCUAAAGGAGCUUGAGAAAUUGGGACCCGGAAAAGGUGUUAUCACCCAGUCUGUCAAAGAUGUUGUCCAAAGCUUGGUUGAUGAUGACCUAGUCUCGAAGGACAAGAUUGGAACUUCUGUAUAUUUAUGGAGUCCUCCUAGCUGCGCCGGAAACCAAGUAACCAAAUCACAGCUGCGAAAUGUGUACUGGAAACUUGAAUCUGACGUCCAAAGUAGCAAGAGGCGGCUGGCGGAGCUAGCUGAUCAGUGCAAUGCAUUAAAGAAGGGAAGGGAGGAAUCUGAUGAACGAGAGGAGGCUUUAAGCAACCUAAAAAAAGUAGAGGAGAAGUACAAUGAGUUGAAGGAUGAGAUGGCAGAAUAUGCAGACAAUGAUCCAGCUGCCUUUGAAGCAAUGAGUUAA